UGACUAAGAUUUGAUGGUUCCCACUUCCGAGAAAAGCUCUCUCUCGUCAAGGGUUUUGAUUGAAGAGUGACGAGCUGAAUGGAGCUGGCCAAAGGAAUGGAAGGAGAGGGAUGGCGGGGGAGGAAGGAGGUGGAAGGGCGGCCCAAAUGCUACUUGCUGUCCAUCUUCCUCCUAAUUCUGCUGCUUCACUGCAUCUCCAUUCUGUUUUUCACCAGGGGCUUUCUCCUCACCCGAACCGAGCUUCCCCAUUACAGCAAUUGCUCUGAUUUUUCUCAAUCUCCUUGCCUCCAAACCACCAUUUCCUCCACGGCCUUGCCCCGUCGCAAAGAAGAAAUUCUCAAUCAAUCCAACGCAGACCAGAGAUGCUGGACGAAACCCGCCAUUGAUCGCCUUGUUAUCAUUGUUCUCGAUGCUCUCAGAUUUGAUUUUGUCGCACCAAGUACUUUUUUUGAAGAGAAAACACCAUGGAUGGACAAAUUACAAGUGCUUCAUAAGCUGGCAUCACAAGAAGGAUCAUCAGCUAGAAUUUUUAAAGCUAUUGCAGAUCCACCUACAACUAGCUUACAAAGGUUGAAGGGUUUGACUACUGGUGGACUUCCAACUUUUAUUGAUGUGGGUAAUAGCUUUGGUGCCCCUGCAAUCAUUGAAGAUAACCUGAUAUAUCAGUUGGUUCAAAAUGGAAAGCGGGUGGUGAUGAUGGGGGAUGAUACAUGGUUGCAGCUGUUCCCUCACCAUUUUAAUAUAUCUUAUCCUUUCCCUUCCUUUAAUGUCAAAGAUCUCCAUACAGUUGAUGAUGGGUGCACCAAACACUUAUUCCAUUCCUUGCAUGAAGGCAAUUGGGAUGUUCUCAUAGCACAUUUUCUUGGUGUGGAUCAUGCUGGUCACAUAUUUGGCAUUAAUUCCAUUGCAAUGACAGAAAAAUUGGAGCAAUACAAUGUUAUUUUAGAUAAAGUUGUUGAAGUGCUGGAGAGCCAUUCUAGACGUGGCGGCUUACAUGAGAAUACUUUACUUCUUGUGAUUGGUGAUCAUGGGCAAACUGUAAAUGGUGAUCAUGGUGGGGGAGCUGCUGAAGAGGUUGAAACUGCAAUUUUCGCAAUGGGUAUGAAGAAGUCUCCAUCUUCCCUGCUGUUGGAACGUGAUGAUUCAUCUUGUCAACUAGAUUUGGAUGGGAAGAAGAUGUGCAUUAACUCCAUCCAACAGCUUGACUUUGCGGCGACAGUGUCUGCAUUGCUUGGCAUUCCCUUUCCUUUUGGAAGCAUUGGGCGUGUUAAUCCUGAACUGUAUGCUUUAGCUGCUGGGACAUGGAAUUUUAAAGACUCUAUGUGUGAUGCUUGCGAAAAUCAAUCAGAAACAGAAGUAUGGAUGCAGAAUUACGUCAAUGUGCUCUGCAUCAACUCUUGGCAGGUGAAGAGAUAUAUCGAUGUUUAUUCAGCUUCAUCUGUCAUUGGAUUUUCAAAUGAAGACUUGUUGCAUUUAUCAGCAAUAUAUGCUGAAGCAAUGGAGAAUUGGUCAAAUACUGUGAUGAAUUUAGUACAACAUAAGAAUGAAAGUUGUCAUUCAUUGUUUCAUGAUCUAAGGAAGCAAGUUGAUGCAUAUUUCAGUUUUCUGGGAAGUGUUGCUGAGCUAGCACGCUCAAAGUGGACCGAGUUUGAUUUGAAUAUGAUGGCCAUUGGACUUGCCAUGAUGUUGAUUUCACUUCUUGUCCAUUUGCUUGCUGUCAGAAGGCUGGAUAAACUCUCUGGAGUUUAUUUUCCAUCUCUUGUCAGCUCUGGGAGUUCUAUUGGACUGUCUUUCUCUUGUCUGAUUGUGGCUAUUCGUGCAUUCAGCUUCCUUUCCAAUAGUUAUAUUUUGGAAGAAGGAAAAGUUGCAUGUUUUCUAGUUGCCACAACUGGGAUACUCAACUUCCGUUAUUCAAUAACGAAAAAAAAGAUGUCAAUGGAGGCACUUCUGUUUCUUCUGUUAAUAUCAAUUCUCAGAUUUUCGAUCCAACACAGGCUAUCAAAGCAGGAUAUCAGUUCAGUAUUGCAAGAUAUAAGUCCUUCAUGGAUGCUUGGCAUUGCUGAAGGCUAUUCUUUUUGGGCACAUGCAGCUGAACUUGUGCCAGUCUUAGCUCUGAUCAUAUUGGCAUUCAUGCUGCAUAAGAGUGUUUCUUGCUGCUCAUGUUCGAAAAUUCUGAAGUAUGUUAUAACAGGAACAAUGUUUAGUUAUCUGCUCAUUGCAGCAUAUUGGGUCUUGGAAAGUAAAUUACUAAAUUUGCCUCUCUUGCUGAAAGGAAUAGAAAGAAAUGUCAUUCCUCGAACAAUCUAUGUCAUUGGUUGUACACAACUGUUUGCUCUGGCACUUCUUCAAUUUCUUGGCGAAGAAAACACUUCAAAUUGGGAAGAAAGCAUGGUUAUUAAAAUUGUGGCCAUGUUAUCUGCAUGGAGUUCGACAGUCAUUAUUCUGUCUGGAAGACAAGGUCCCUUGGUAGCUUUAGCAUUCAUAAUCGGAGGUUGGUGCUUAAUGAGGCUGGAGAGUGUGGAACAGGACUCCAAAACUGUCACAUUUGGAACUUUAUCAUUGAAUUCUCACUCUGUUACACAAUGGAGCCUUUUAUCUGUCUGCCUCUUUUUCUGCACUGGCCACUGGUGUGCUUUCGAUGGUCUCCGUUAUGCAGCUGCAUUUAUAGGGUUUGAAGAAUUCACUAUUGUUCCCCAAGCUAUUCUUCUUAGCAUAGAUACAUUUGGGUUUUCUCACAUCCUUCCAAUAUUUGGACUUCCAUUUCUCGUUAUACGUAAACUUGCAUUUGGUCAGCGGAAGCAGAGAAAGCAAUUAUUUUUCUUGCAAUUAUCUCAAGCAUAUUUGAUGUAUGGACUCAUUACGGCCACUGCAGCCGCAUUUACAGUAUUGUGUGUCACGAUUCAAAGGCGGCAUCUGAUGGUUUGGGGAUUGUUUGCUCCUAAAUUUGUUUUUGAUGUGGUGGGGCUCAUUCUAACAGACGUCCUGAUCAUCUUGGCAUUGCUUUACUAUUUUGGGCGGCAAACGGGUGGCCAACUUAGUAAAAACUAAGUUCUGUUCCUCUUUGGCAUUGCAGGUUUUGUACUUAAAGAUAUCGAGGUUUUUUUUUUUUUUGGGGAAAAGACUUAGUUAUACAAUGCAUCAUUUAGUUCAUUAAAAAUUAUUAAACACCUCGGCUGGGGUUUUUGAUCAUCGUGGCCUCAGCCUUGAGGUAUGCCAACUCUUUCACCCGUGAACGUAAUCUGCAAAGCAAGUCUUGGAAAUUCUCGUUCAAGGCUGAUAAAAUGUUACGUGUUAUCUUUUUAUGGAAUUAUGUGACAGGAUGAUAGAUUCAAUCAUCAAUUAGACAGCUCUGAUUCAUGUUU